UCAUGUGAUGGUUGACAGGGCGGCUUCGCCAAGGCAGUUCCAUUUGCGGGCUUUGUUGGCCGGGUUUAUGCGGAAGACGGCGCAUAACAUUGUAAAAUGUACGAAUCGCGUUCGCAUCCUCUGACUGUGUUCUAAUUCCUAGUUUCAACGGGAGACACAAAAACAACAAAAUUGAGGAUCGUUGAGGAGGUUUACCCCUUUGUUUUACAAAAGUGCCGAGAUGUCUCAGGCUCAGAGCAGUAACUCGCUGUCUGGAGUGAAUGUUGUUUUGGUUAUGGCGUACGGAAGCCUGGUCUUCGUGCUGCUGUUUAUCUUCGUGAAGAGACAGAUCAUGCGCUUCGCCAUGAAGUCCCGCCGGGGUCCGCAUGUACCUCUGGGUCACAACGCCCCCAAGGUGAGUGUCCGUCUGUCCCAGUGUCCCCCUGUUCGAGUGUCCGCCUGUCUGAGAGUGUCCCUCUGUCCGAGUGUCCCACUGUUCGAUUGUCCACCUGUCUGUCUGAGAGUGUCCCCCUGUUCGAGUGUCCCCCUGUCUGCAGGGCUGACCGUGUGCUGUCUGUCUGCAGGGUGCUAUAACUACCUCUACAGGAUGAGGGCGCUGGACGCCAUCAGAGACUCAGACAUCCCCUUCCAGGAGAUGGGCAAGAACUCCAGGUCCCUGACGGGCCGCAGUUUCCAGAGCUUCCUGCUGGAGCUGCGGGGCUCCCACCCGGUCAGCGGGCACAGCGGCGUCGGCCCCAGUCUCGGGGAGCGUCUCCGCUCUGCCCGAGCGUGUGCGUGCAGCAGGCUGAACCCCGAAGCGUCCCUGCGGCGCUCGUUGUGCGGUGAGGCCUGGGACAGGUCCGGGCAGAGUCGGCACCCGCGCUGA